GUUUCCCGGAAUGUCGGUGGUGCGUGCUCGGUCUGAUAGGAAAGUUUACCAUGCUGGAAUCAAAAAGAACGUAAUUCCUGCAGAAAUAUCGGAAAAUCCAGAAUUAUUGGAAGCUAUCAAAGUGCUACCCAGCAAUUAUAAUUUUGAGAUACCCAAGACAAUCUGGCGUAUUAUUCAAAGUAAGUCGAAAUGUGUGGCUCUUCAGAUGCCAGAAGGCUUGCUGAUGUUUGCUUUGGCCGUCGCAGAUAUCGUCGAAAAGUUUUCGAAAGCGGAGGUAGUGAUACUUGGUGAUGUCACAUACGGUGCCUGUUGCGUCGAUGAUUUCACGGCUCGAGCCUUGGGAGCUGAUUUUUUGGUUCAUUAUGGCCACAGUUGUUUAGUUCCAGUCAAUGUUACUACCGAUAUCAAAGUUUUGUACGUGUUCGUCGACAUUAAAAUCGAUGCCGAACAUUUCUUAAAAACUAUGAAACACAAUUUUUCUCAAGAAACCUCAUUGGCUUUAUUGAGUACCAUCCAGUUUGUUUCGUCUCUUCAAGCCGUGGCUGCAGAAUUAAAGGAAAAUUAUAAAGUAACAAUUCCUCAACGAAAACCUCUUUCUCCUGGAGAAGUUCUGGGUUGCACGGCACCUGUUUUGAAGGAUGUCGAAGUAGUGGUAUUUGUUGGCGAUGGAAGAUUCCAUUUGGAGGCCGUGAUGAUUGCCAAUCCUUCCGUUAAAGCUUAUCGGUAUAAUCCAUAUGACAAAAGUUUCACUCAUGAAAAAUAUGAUAUUGAAAGGAUGACUUCAUUUCGAGAGAAAUGUAUUGAAGCUGCAUCGGUUGCUGGAACUUUUGGCGUCGUUUUAGGAACAUUAGGUAGACAAGGCAAUACCUCUGUAUUGAAGAUGUUAUCCAAAAAAAUUCAAACUUGUGAUAAGCAGCAUAUUGUUGUCCUUCUUUCUGAAAUCUUUCCACAGAAACUAAGAUUAUUCUUAGGUGUGGAUGCAUGGAUACAAAUUGCUUGUCCUCGUCUUUCUAUUGAUUGGGGAAUGGCCUUUGAGAAGCCACUUCUUACUCCAUAUGAAGGAAAUGUAGCAUUGAAGACUAUCAGCUGGCAAAAAGAUUAUCCUAUGGAUUUUUAUGCUUCUGGAAGUCUGGGUCCAUGGACUCCCAAUCAUAAACCACCUAAAAAAUCUUGUGAUGAUUGUACUUCGUGUGCUUGUAAAGAUAAAAGUUAAUUUAAAAUUUGAAUAAUAGUUUUAAAUUAUUUAACUGCAAUGUAUAAUAUAUUUAGCUGUGAUAAUUGGUAUAGUAUAUUGAUUUCAGUUUUUAUCUUGUUAGUCUAUCAUUUUUAGAAGUACAUCAAGAAAAU